AGAUGUUUUGGUGAUAUGGCAACACUGGCAGCUGGAUCAGUGAAGCGCCGUACGUCAGCUGUUCUGGUUAAGCAGGUGUUGUUUCUGCCACCAUGGAUAAUACACUGUUGAUUCCUCAAGAUGGAGGGCAAGCAGAGAAGGGAGGGAUUGUCAACGACUUCAUGUAUGGCUCCAAUGUGGCAGCGAGUCAUAUCUACAUUCGCAUGGGAUUUCUGCGUAAGGUGUAUGGGCUUUUGUUUGUCCAGAUCUUGGUGACCACAGUUAUUGCUGCUGUAUUUUCUCAAACUCCAGUUCUUCGUCAAACCAUCCAUGAUAAUCCAUGGUUGCUUAUGCUUUGCCUGCCCCUGACUUUUGGAAUCCUGAUUGCACUUCAUGUGAAAAGGCAUCAUGUUCCCAUCAACUUCAUGCUGUUGGCAGCAUUCACUGUGGUGGAGGCAAUCACUGUGGGUGUGGCAGUGAGCAUGUACGAGGCUGAGGUGGUUGUAAAGGCUUUCGUUAUGACUCUGCUAAUUACAGGAGCACUCACUGCAUAUACUUUCCAGACCAAGAGGGACUUCACUAGUAUGGGAGCUGGGUUAAUUGUUGGUCUGAUGAUGCUUAUUGGUCUUGGAUUCAUGAACAUUUUCCUGGGAAGUGAUGCCCUGGAACUGAUGUUAGCUGGCGGAGGUGCUCUUAUCUUCUGCCUCUUCAUUGUCUUUGAUACUCAGAUGAUGAUGCAGAAGUUGUCACCUGAAGAGUAUAUUUUAGCCACAAUAAACCUGUACCUGGACAUCAUAAACCUGUUCCUGGAACUGCUACGUAUAUUUGGUGACAGAAAAUGAUAAGUUAUUGAAGAGCUACUUUCAGAUUUAUUCUAUAUGUUAAUUGCAUAUUAUAUGUAUUUUGUUAUGGUUGUUGUAGUAUUUAAAAAAAAUAUUCACUAAUGGAAUCAUGAAUUUGUUGCUUGUUCCUCUCACUGGAUGGUGAAUUAUAAUGUUAAACUUCUCUCUGACUCACAUGUUGAAAUUGUACUCAACUGAUUUAAAUUCAGAUUAGCUUAACAAUAGCUUACAGUAAUCAUAUUACAUAUACAAAUGAAGAAAAGUAAGUAGCAGCAGGAAUUAAUUGUACUGAAUUGUUUAACUUAAUUGCCAGACCAACAAUUGCCUGCUUAAGUGACAUUGAGGCUUUGUGGUGAAUUAGCAUACAAAGGCCAAUGCUAGAGUAUAGAAAAUCACCUUUGUUUAGGUGGACACAUGGGAAGCUAAGUAUCUGUCAGUACACAGGCCUGAGACUAGGUAGAGUUCUUAGCUGGAGUUUGGGUUGAAUGUCCAUCUUGGGUAUUAGUGAGCUGAGUAAGGACAAGUGGUGAACUGCUCAGGAUGUUGGCUGGAGUGUAACUGACUCUUCACAUAUCAAGCAGAUUGAUAACGGUUUUGUUUUGGGAGCGUGAAUUGCCUGACUUGGAUCCUCAUUGGUUCAUCCACUUGUCAGGGUGGAUUUUUAUAUUUAAAUUGAAAUCAAUACCCAUCACCACUGAAACCCUGUGAAACACUAGUUCCAACAGCUUUUAUAAUUAUAUUUAUGUGGGCAGAACAAUUUGAGGCCUGGAUAUAGAGAAGGUAAGAGAAUUGCCAAGAAACUUGUUCACUUAUGGGUUACCUGGGAGACUUAUAGAGCAAAUGAAUGGUUGAAAUACUGGAAUUGUUUGUAAUAUUAGUGUACCUGAAUGGCUUACUAGAUCUGUCACAUAAAUACAAAAGAAUUAUUUCCUCUCAGUCACUUGGAAAUAAUGUAGUUUAAAUAAGUGUUUUUUAUCCUAAAAUGUGAAUGAUAGGAAAUGAAAUGAGCUAUCUAUCCUUUUGAUGUGAGAGGACCUUCAAUUCAUGAACCAUCUGUACAUAAAAAUAAGUGAGUUAUACCUGAUUUAUAUUUUUCUAUAUAUUAUGAGGUUCUUCAGUCUGUCUUUGACAAAAAAAAAAAAGAAAGACAUGCACCAAAACUACACUGUUAAUAAUGACAUUUAAGUAAAAUCAAUGAAGUUUUGAACAAGCUACAGCUUCUUCUGUGACAGGGUACAAAUGUUUAUUAAUUGCCUUUCAUAGGUAUUUAAUUCUUUUUAAGUUAAGUAGCUUACACUACUAGAAAUGGGAGUAAAAUUUAUUUUGUUAUGAGAUGUGUGACACUGCACUACAUUGUAUGGUGGUUGUACUUCAAGGAAAUCUUUGUGAUCAAAUAUUAAAAUUUUUAUGAAGUGCCUGCAGUAGCUCAAUAUUUAAGUGAUUUUUGAGCUAUAUUCUCAUGCAGUGCAUGUGAAUAUGCUCAAAGAACACAUGCUGGCAUACAGGAAACAGCUUCCUGUCUGUGAUGAUUUGGUGUAGCUAAUCCAGAUAUUUCUUAUUACUGUAUUUAGGCUUCUCAAGGUUUACUAUAGUUUCAAACCAUAAAGUUUAGUUUCCAUGAACAAUGUACUAUAAUGGGAAUAGUUUAUUAAAAAUAUAAACAUU